GCUCUGCCAACCCUCCCCCUCACCCCACGAUUCCCAUACCAAAACCACCGUUGCCCGCAUAACAGGAAAAGUGCCCACCUAUCGAUAAUUGUUUUCGAGGUAGCUUCACCAAUACCGUCAUUAUGUCUUUCGGUGGUCAGACACCAACUAUUAUUGUGCUGAAAGAGGGUUAGUCAGUCAACAGCUUGAAAAUAUUCACACAGCUUUCAAAACUAACAUUUUAUUUCUACGUAGGCACGGAUUCGUCCCAGGGAAAAGGCCAAAUUAUUUCGAAUAUCAAUGCUUGUUUAGCUGUACAAGCUACGAUACGAAGUACUCUGGGGCCAUACGGUGGAGAUUUGUUACUCGUGGAUGAAAAUGGCAGGCAGACCAUCACAAACGAUGGUGCAACUGUCAUGAAGGUAUGCGAACAAGAUGCAGAGCCAUUUUGGAGCUUGGAAACUGAUAGCAGAUAGCUGCUGGAUAUCGUACACCCCGCAGCACGAAUUCUCACAGACAUCGCGAGAUCGCAGGACGCCGAGGUUGGAGAUGGUACCACAUCGGUGGUUGUCCUUGCAGGAGAAAUUCUGAAGGAGAUCAAGGAGCAUGUUGAACAAGGAAUCAGCUCGCAGACCAUUAUCAAGGGUCUGCGGAGGGCUUCGACUAUGGCAGUUAACAAGAUUAAGGAAAUUGCCGUCAAUACAAGUGAUAGCAACAAGAGAGAGACCUUGAGCAAAUUGGCUGGUACGGCGAUGAGCAGUAAACUGAUCAAGAGAAAUACCCCCUUUUUCACCAAGAGUAUGGCCCCCGCCUUCACCUUUGGAGGGGAAAGUUGGCUAACAUUUCAUAGUGGUCGUUGAUGCCGUUCUUUCCCUUGACCAGGAGGACCUCAACGAAAAUCUUAUUGGUAUCAAGAAAAUUCCAGGUGGUUCCCUGACUGAUUCUCUUUUUGUCAACGGUGUCGCAUUCAAGAAGACAUUCUCAUACGCCGGUUUCGAACAACAACCAAAAUCCUUCAAGAACCCAAAGAUUGUUUGCCUAAACGUCGAGCUCGAGCUCAAGUCCGAGAAAGACAACGCUGAAGUCCGAGUUGAACAAGUUUCCGAGUAUCAAGCUAUCGUUGAUGCAGAAUGGCAGAUUAUCUACAACAAGAUGGAGGCUCUGUACAAGACCGGUGCGAAGGUCGUGCUUUCUAAACUCCCCAUUGGUGAUUUAGCAACACAAUACUUUGCCGACCGUGAUAUUUUCUGCGCAGGACGGGUGUCAGCCGGUGACCUAGAGCGUGUUAUUCAAGCCACCGGAGGAUCCAUACAAUCCACUUGUUCAGAUAUUCGACCAGAGCAUCUCGGAACUUGCGGCAGUUUCGAUGAGCGACAAAUUGGUGGAGAACGUUUCAACUUUUUUGAGGAUUGCCCAGAGGCACAAACAUGCACACUUGUGCUGCGUGGUGGUGCUGAGCAAUUCAUUGCUGAAGUUGAGCGCUCUCUCCACGAUGCUAUUAUGAUUGUCAAGCGUGCCAUCAAGAACAACACUAUUGUUGCAGGAGGUGGUGCGUGCGAAAUGGAGAUCUCAGCAUACCUUCACCGUUACGCCGACAAGAACGUACCACAUAAACAACAAGCUAUCAUCAAGUCGUUUGCCAAAGCUCUAGAAGUUAUUCCUCGCCAACUUUGCGACAAUGCAGGAUUUGAUGCAACCGAUAUUCUAAACAAGUUACGUGUUGAGCAUAGAAAGGGAAACAUUUGGGCCGGUGUCGACUUUGUGAACGAGGGUGUUCGAGACAAUCUCGAGGCUUUCGUUUGGGAGCCGGCGCUGGUGAAGCUCAACGCUCUUCAAGCAGCAACAGAGGCCAGUUGUUUGAUUUUGAGUGUCGAUGAAACCAUCAGAAAUGAGGAGAGUGCACAGCCUCAGGCUCCUCAACGAGGCUUACCGCCUGGAGCAGCGCAGAGAGCACUUAGAGGUAGAGGCCGGGGAAUGCCCAGAAGGUGAAAAGUCUAGAGAGGAAGAAAAUUUAGAGCAAUAAUGAAUUGGAAGAAACGCAUCGCGCGAAACCAAAUUACAAAAUAUGUGUAAUGAAUGGUUGCAUAGGUGAGCGUGUUUUUUCUGUAUGAUAUGAAUGCGAAUAUACACGAAAUAAGGGGACUCGAGUAUGAAAUCUACUCAAAGAGCCAUUUCGCCUCAAUCGUCGCUACUACCUUCGUGAUUUCAUCUUGCU